UAACCUAAUUGACACGAGAAAGAACAGGGAGUACGAGUUGGAUUUCUGUCUCUGACUCCACAGUUUACCAGCACAUUUAAGUUGGCACAAAAAAACCUAGUCAAUUGAUCUUGACUAUGACUGCGGAAAUGUGGGACGUUGUAAUUGUUGGCGCCGGACUAUCUGGACUGAGUGCAGCUCAUUUGCUAAGAAAAAGGGAUGCCGAGUUGAGAAUACUGAUACUGGAAGGAAAAGAUCGGGUGGGAGGUCGCACAUUGUCCACUGAAAUACCAGCAGCCAACGGUGUUGAGCGUUGGGACUUUGGAGGGCAGUGGGUAGGAAGCACUCAAAGACACAUCUUGGAGCUUAUAAAGGAGCUGGGCUUAGAAGUCUUUCCACAAUUCAAUAUUGGCAAGAAGGUGUACCACAUUGGUGGGCCAGAUGCCAGAGUUCGCACCUACAGAACCAGUAUCCCUACUCUAUCCCUAGUAGUGCUAAUUGACUUCAUCCAGUUCCUGUGGAAGAUUGACAGAUUGUGUGCUACAGUAUGUGUCCAGGAUCCUUCAAAGACUCCAAACGCUGUGGAAUUGGACAGUAUGACCCUCCACUCGUACAUUGAGCAACAUAGUUGGACUGCUGGUCAGGGUUCAAAGUACUUUUAUGUUGGAGGCACCCAACAGCUUUCAGAGUGUCUGGCAGAACGCGUGGGGUGGAAGAAUGUCCGGCUGGGUUCUGCUGUGACGGCCAUAUGGCAGGAUGCUGAGUGGGCCAGGGUGAUGACCGCCACUGCCACGUUCUUGUGCAGAGCUGUGAUUGUCACCUCUCCCCCUCAUUUGGCAGCAAAAAUCCACUACGAGCCAGCCCUGCCCAGCCAGAGAGAAUUCCUUACCCAGAACAUGCCUGUGGGCCACAUGAUAAAAUUCAUUAUUACCUACCAGACGGCUUUUUGGAAGGAGAAGGGCUUCUCUGGAGAAAUAGUGACAGGAUCCUCCACUGACUGUCCAUUCUGUGUCACCUUUGACGCCACCAGCCCCAGUGGUAAUGCUGCUUUGGUUGGCUUCAUUGCCGGCCAGCUGGCUUCUCAGUGGAGCUCCAAGGAGGCUGGGGAGAGAAGAAAAGCUGUGCUUUCCAGUCUGGUCAAAUACCUGGGUCCCGAGGCUGCAUCUUUCAUCCACUAUGAAGAGAAAGAUUGGGCUAAGGAAGACUACAGCGGGGGCUGCCCUGUUAAUGUCAUGGCACCGGGUCUGCUAACAUAUUACCACCCUAGCCUGAGGCAGCCCUGUGGCAGGAUCCAUUGGGCAGGCACUGAGACAGGCACCCAGUGGUGUGGGUACAUGAGUGGUGCAGUGCAAGCUGGUCAGCGAGCAGCUCUAGAAGUACUCGCUGAACUCUGCCCCAUGACCCUGACCCAGGAGGAGCAGGAGGCAGUGUGGCACAGUCAAACUGUCGAGGCUGCUGCGCAGCAAACAGCAACAUCCAAACUCCUGUACCUGUCUGCAAGUAAGGUUGUGGUUAUUGCAACACUGACAAUAAGUGCUGCUGUCUUCUUGUCUCGGCAUCAAAAUGCUUUGCUUAAGGUGAAAAUGUACCUGACAAAUGUAUUUUCAACAACCAAGUGUAAUAUAUUCUUACGGUAAUAGCAACCUGUAAAAUAGGUGCAUAUCAUCUGACUGGUUUUGAUUUAGACAGAGAGAACAGGUACAGUUUUUGCUGGUGCUGUGGAAAGAUGGCUCUUUCUACUGUUAAUUGAUUUAAAUUUUUGUGUUUUUAGUGUUUAUUUCACAACAAAUUCAAUUCAAUUAAUUUGUAUUGUACUGUAUUGCAUAGUAUUAUAAUAUUGGCACAUUGUUGUAUUACCUAAUAUAUUGAAAUAAAUAUACAUUGAUGUAAAAUGUGCAGAUUAAAUACAAUGUGCUUUUUAAUCACUGAGUU